UGUUUUUUAUUGAGACUAAGAAAAUCUUGGUUCAUCUAGUUUUUUUCAAACAUUUUUCUUUUCCGACCUAUGUUUUUUAUAUGUUUGUGUUUUAUCGCAAAUGGUGGUAAGGUCGGCUUCGUCUUUGAGAACCCUUUAGGUAAGCAUCAAUAGUUUUAACUACCUGCUAGAAGUUAAUCCAAUAGAGUGAAAUAUUAAGUCUCCGUCCAUUCGAGGAAUUUCGCCAAUAUGAGCAGUUCAGUUUUCUCGUUAAAAAUGUUUUUCAUCGUACGAUCAACUUUUUUGCUCCGCUUAUUCGAAAAAGUGUUCACUCACCUAGAAUUUUACUGCAGAUGAAGGAAACCACCAAUUUCAGACCUGGAAUAAACUGAAUAGUCGGAAAAUGAACAGCGAAAAACACAAAAUGCAGACAAUUUUAUCACAAGCGUCGUCAAUGAAUAUAAUGGCAGAAGAAACAGACAUGUCGCUGACUCUGGAAACGCCUGUGGGCAAAAUAAACGGAAAAGUUGUGAAAAUGGACGGCAAAUACGUUGGCGAAUUCCUAGGAAUACCAUAUUCCAAGCAACCAAUAGGAGAUCGUCGAUUCAAAUUUUUGGAACCACUGGAUGAAAAACUAGACCAUAAAGUUUCUCCUUUUUUGGCUCAUAGGAAGGGAAACAGCGCUGUUCAGCUUCAGCAAGGGAAGUUUUGGGAUACAAAAAUGCCGGUUGGAGAAGACUGCAUAUAUCUGAAUAUCUACACACCUCUUGGAUCCGAACCCGAAAAUUUUCAGAAACUCUCAGAAUCAAAACUUCCAGUGUUGUUUCACAUCCACGGAGGAGGGUUUAAAAUCGGAAGUGGCUCGGAGCCAAUGUACGAUUUGAGUUUCUUUGCUGUCAGGCAUGAUAUUGUAUGUGUGAAUAUAAACUACAGACUGGAUAUGUUGGGGUUCUUGAGUUAUCCAGGAGUUAUUGAGGACAACUUGGGGUUGAAAGAUCAACAAGUGGCUUUGAAAUGGACGCAUGAAAACAUAUCUGCAUUUGGAGGAGAUCAGGAUAGAGUUACAAUUUAUGGUUGUUCUGCAGUGCAAAGUUCUGUUCGGGAUGAAAUGAUGUCUUGGACUAAACCACGAAUGGUCAGAAUACUCGGAGGAGCCAGUGUUCACUACCACACAUUGUCACCUGAAAGCAGCAAAUACUUCGCACGUGCCUUUGCAUCCAGUGGCACAGUGAACAGAUUAUGGAGUCGCUUCUACAGGAAUGAUCACUAUAAAAAGACACUCAAGGCCCUCAAAAUGCUGGGAGGACCAAAGAACCCAACGGCUGAACAAGUUCGAGACUUUUUCAUAAACCUGUCAGUAGAUAAAAUCAAGGAAAGGCAAAUUCAAGCCAAAGACUUCAUAACACAAACAAAAGUGGACCAGAGUGUGAGUUUUAUUCCAGUGGAUGAGUUCGAAGAGGAGAAGCUGCCAUCGAAAUCCAGAAUGGCGCAAAAGCCACUUCUGCUGGGAGUAGCUUCAGACGAAGGCACCAUGUUUUCAGACAUGAUUUUUCCCAGGAAGGAUAUUACAAAACCCACAUGGUGCAGACAGAUUUUUUCGGAAUUCUUUGGAGAAAAGGUGUUCUAUCAACCACUUAGAGAACUGCUUGAUGAAAUCUCUAGUAUACCCAACUUGCCUGUUUUUGUUUACUUAUUUGACUACAAAUGUCCAACAAGACACAAAGACUUGUUCCCGGAAGCGGAAGUGCCGAUGCACUUUGGAUCGUUUCACUCCCUAGACAUUCCGUUUCUGUUUAACUUGGCCGAAAAGAAAUCUUAUCUGAUGGAUCCGUGCGAGUCUGACAAACGCGUGAACGAAACGUGCACAACUAUGUUAGCUUCUUUCGUGAAAAGCGACGACUUGUCUCAAUUUCCAUUGGUUAGAUAUGAAACGACGAAAAAAACUGUGAAUAAAAUAACGGCUGAUGGGUUGACACCUGUAGGUAGCGAUUGUCUGCUACCGAAAAGAAAAGCACUAGCAUUUAAGACUAUUACUGCAUCAGCCAUGCUAUUAAUGGCUCCCAAUAAAUACUGAAC